CUGAGGCAGCGCGAGGCGGGGCGCGCUCCGCUCCGCGCCGCUCCCGCGCCGGGCCCGCCCCGCCGCCCGUCGUCCCCGCGCCGCCCCUCGCUCCGGUGCCGGUGCUGAGUCACGGCCAGCUCGGGGCUGCCCGGGGCCGUAGGUGUCGCGGAGAGCCCGCCGGCCACCGCCUGAGCAGCGCCAUGGGGACGGAGGGCGCCCGUGCCCUGCUGGAGCGCGCCGGCACGCUCACCCUGCAGACCGGCAACCUGCUCAACUGGGGCUGCCUCCGCAAGAAGUGCCCGGCCACCCCCGGCGAGGAGGUGCGGGACUGCAUCCAGAAAACACUGACUGAGUGGAGCUCAAAGAUCAGCCAAGACCAAAAUCAGGAAACACUGGAAGUUCUGGAAUGUUCUGUAGCUCAAGCUAUAGAAAAAAUAAAUCCUGAAGAAAGGGAUGAGUUGAAAGUAUCAGCAAAGCUUUUCAUCGUUGGAUCAAAUUCUUCAUCGAUCAGAGACGCCGUUGACCUGGCAUGUUCUGCUCUCGGAAUUGCUCAGUUAGACUCAGUCAUUAUUGCCCCACCUCCUGUUGAAGAUGGAACUAACCUCUCCUUGGAAUAUUUGCAACCUUAUUGGAAAGAACUUGAAAAUCUAGUUCAAAACAAAAAGAUUGUUGCUAUAGGUACCUCCGACCUAGAUAAAACACUGUUAGAGCAGCUGUAUCUGUGGGCACAGGUGAAACCAAGUAGUAAUCAGGUGAACCUAGCUUCCUGUUGUGUGAUGCCACCUGAUCUCACAGCAUUUGCAAAAGAAUGUGACAUACAGCUGCUAACUCACAAUGACCCCAAAGAAUUACUUUGUGAAGCAAGUUUCCAAGAAGUUCUCCAGGAAAGCAUCCAGAACAUGAAAGCAAACAAGUGGAUUCCUUUAUGGCUUCUGCGGUAUUCAGUCAUUGUUAAAAGCAGAGGAAUUAUCAAGUCCAAAGGCUAUAUCAUACAAGCUAAAAGAAAUGCUUCUUAAAACAC